GGAACAGCACUCACCAAUUCACUGAAAGAGGCUUGAAUACAGUUUCCUAUUGGUUGCUAUGGUGAGUGAUGAUGCAAUCAAAGAAGGGUAUAAUACAAGACUAUGGAGUGGCGAUGGAUUUAAUCAGCCCAUAAGCAAGGGAGUUAUCCAGGGAUUCUGGCUGUGGAGAGGAAGGCAAGGCAUCGCAAGCUGAUUCAUGCCUCAAGACUGAACAUUUACUGGCCACUGCUUAAGAUAAAUGCCGAGAAAGACCCGCAAUGAACAUUGAAGUCCGCAACAUCUCUGACACAAGAGCCACCGUCUCCUGGUCCACAAACAACCCCUGCCCCGAGAAUUAUUACCACGUCAUGUACCGUCCCAACUGCAACAGCGUCUUCGCAGGCUACUUGCGCCAGAACUUCCACCGUGAGGAGAGGGUCCCCCACUCCCAUAGCUCCCUGGUCCUUCACAGACUCACUCCCUCCACCGUCUACAUCCUGUGCGUCACAUGUAAAAACUCCUACCCCUCCAGCAACCAUUGCACAACUUUCCACACCCUCGACCAGCACCCGCUGGCCUUGCGUGGCUUGAAGCAGGAAUCUGCCACCUCCAUGUGGAUGGUGAGCAGCCUAUUGCUCCUCUGCUUUACGGCCUUCUUGGUCUAUGGCUGCUUGCAGUUCUGGUCCUCAAGAUGCCACAAAGUGUCAAGGCUGGGGCAGUACAGUGCCAACUCAGAGAGGGAAGCAGGUGAACAGAGAAGUUCGCCUGAGGGGACUCUGAGCACCAGAAUGAAGGAGGAGCUGUUGGAAGUCCCCAUGACGGCUGUCCUAAUGAGGAGUUCCAGUUUCACAACAGAGAGCCCGUAUAGGUCCCCCCACUGCUUCUUUCCCAUCCAAAGAAGUGAUGACAAAAGGGCCGUCUUACCUCAGCAUGGGUUCAAAUGAAAGGGAAAUAAAAGGAGCUCCCAGCAUCGGGAACGCCUAGCAAUUUGUUUUUUCAUUUCAGUGGGGCUGCUCUCAUGCUGCAGAUGUUAACCUGACAUGCAUCAGUGUUCUUACUACAUUGCCCUGGGAUGGAACUUGGGGUGGAAAAUGGCAACCACGGGUGACAAUUUUUGCCAAAUUAGAAAAAAAAAAUCAGUUCCAUUCUAUACUUGAGAGCAAAUUUAAGAAAUCAGUAAAAAACAAGCCCCUAGGAAAUUAAGGCCAAAUUCAACUUUCAGUAAACUUCCCUUCAGUGGAGUGACUCCCGAUUUACACCAGAGUAGUAGACAUGAUAUGUAUUUGGGGAAGUACAGAGUGGAAUAAAGACACUGGAGUUAACUUGUUUAGAAACAGCCCUUUCUGCCUAGUUGAGGAUCAUUGACAUUUGAGCAGACUGGCUACACAACUGGACAGUCAGUGAUCUGCACACUGAGAAAAAGUCACACAACAGGCUCUCAGGAUGCCAUCACAUUGAAAACACACCAUUCCUGACAGGCUCACAGUCCAUUUCCAGCUGGGCAGCUAUCCACAUCCCCAAAUCACCACCACAACUGGCACCCCUUGACAGCAGGCACUCCCUGCAGAAAGGGCCAGGUUUACAUGGACUCAAGAGAUGGAACUAAACUGCAGGCCUGAUCCUGCUUGCUUUGAUGUCAAAGGUAAAACUUCUCUAGACUUUAGUGGGAGACAGCACAAGUCCUGAGACUGUUACAGUCACGCCCUGCAGUGCAGCUGCCUGUGCUGUACUUAGUCACUGGGGACCAAAUCCCGAGAAGGCCUCAGUACCUGCAACUCUCGUGGACUUCGCUGGCUCUACAUUCACCUCACAGGGUUUGGCCUUGCUUAGGGGACUUCAGUCUUCAGGCCACCUUUCACCUACAGAAUUGCUUAAGGGGAAAACCAAUCAGCCAUUUUAGGUGGGGUUAUGGGUAGCUUGAGGCUCUAGGAACGGAAUAUUGAGUCAUCUACUUCUAGGUCACUAGACAAGCCUGCAGUGCCACUGCACAUGUUGUAUCUGUGCUGUGCAGUCAUCUCAUAGCGCCUUCAGUCACCUUUCCCUGGUAAUAAAACUCACUACCAUUACCUCCCAGGCCCCUAGUUCUAUGUGAACAAGGAUACCAUAUACAUCUGA